GUUUGCGGCAUUUAAAUGAGGGUGGGAAGGUGCUGCUGAGAUAUAAAGGGGACAGAAGGAGUAGUUGGUGCAGAAUCUGAGAAGGCUGAAGAUGAAGCUGUUACUUGCUCUCCUUGUUGUGUUCAUGGCAGUCCUGCUUGAGGGGACCAAGCCGACACAAGGUUUAGAGUGCUAUGACUGCAAUAUCAGAACCUGUAAGAAAAAGCUCAGUGCUCCCUGUGAAUCUGCCGAGGACACAUGUAUAAAGAUUUCCAGAAAAAUUGUAGGCUAUGAUGGCUCCCCAGAUCGUGAAAAUGAGUUUGACCCAACCAUGAACGUUCUUGUGUGGGAGCGGAGAUGCACAACUGCCGCCGAUUGCAAGAAAAGACAGAGUGACACCCGCCUUGGCAAGAUCACAAGUUGCUGCAACAAGAACCUGUGCAACGCUUAAAGGGGGAGCAGCCAUAUUUGGUUUGAUCUGAUUGGCCCAUGAAUGCAGGACAUGGAGAAGAUGGCAGAGGGCACCGUAACAAUGAUUUCCCCUCAGUUACACUUUGCAAUAAAAGCGCCAACUAAAACCAAA